UUAUCACCGCUGUUAUUGAAGUAAAUCAGCUAGAGUCGUAGAGCCACCAAGGCACAUGGCUGGGAUUUGGGGUCAUCUGCACUACUCUCAGGCCAUUGCUGCACAUACUCUGAAUCUGCCAUGGGCCAGUUGACUGAGUGUGGGAAUUUUGCUGUGCUCGUGGAUCUUCAUAUAUUGUCACAAGGUUCAAACAAGGAUACCAGCUGGUUUUCUGAACAGAAGAAAGAGGAAGUCUGUUUGCUGUUAAAAGAAACCAUUGAUUCAAGAGUUAAGGAGUACUUGGAAGUUUAUAAACAGCACAGGCCAUCAAAUACAGAAUUCACAAGAUCCAGUCCCUUGUCCUUAAAAGGCUAUGGCUUUCAGAUCACAGCCUAUUUCCUCAAGAGAGGGAUACGCCUUCGCUGCAUUCGGAGCUCUUACAGUACUGAGCUCCGUGUAUUUCCUGACAGAUUUGUGGUCUGUGUUAAUAGGCUUGCAUUCAGCAGUGAUACUUUGGGAAGCCAGAAUGAAAAACUGACAGAAAGAUCUUUCCAUGGAGUGUCGGAUUAUUUUGCUGAGUAUGCAGAGAGUCCACUUCCUCCUGGUACAAAACUCAAGAGAAAUGCUCUGAAAGAAAUUGUGAGAAGAACUGAAACAAAAAGCAGCACAGUGAGCAAAUCACAGACCAGCAGGAACCUUGUGGGAAUGUCUAGUGACUCAGUCAUUCCCGUGGUACUGAGGAAGAGGGAUGCCUCAGUCAGUCCCCCAUCAGAAUCUACAGGUCAAGCGCAGGAUUACAUAAAUGCAGCCCAGAGCCACCAGGGGCUUCCUGUUCAAAAGCUGGAAAAUAUUAAUCAGGCCCAGCCAGAAGAUACGAGCAGCCAGCAAAAACCUCGUCCUGGGGAGUGGUUGAAGACAGGGCUUCUAAGCAGGAGCCCUGCCUGUAGCUGUGAGUCAGCAUCACCAGGCCCAAAGCAAAGUCCAUGAACAGCUAAAACACAACAGAAACGCCGGAACUGGGGCUCUGCAGAAGACUCUGACCACCACCAGAGAGUUUCUCUUGGAAGCGAUCGAUUAGUCCCAGGAGAAAUGAUAGUGGACGAGAGCACAGCUGUCCAUGUUUUGCCAGCUUUAGAGCUGUCAGAUCCGGGGUUACUUUUGAAACGAGAUUUGGCAAAAACCACGUCUAAGGAAGAACUGCAUGUUUUGGAAAAUCUCUCCUCCAGACAUCUUAUGAAAAAUAACCCAAGGCAGGCAAAGCAAACCGGCUCGGCCACAAUUGCUAAAAGAUUAGGUACAAUUCAGGGCAGCCCAACCAAGAAAAGAAAGAAAUUGCCAAGGACUGCAGAGUCGUAGCUGAGGAUGUAGAGACCAGAUCUGUGACAAGAAAACUGAGUGUGUAGUUCCUGGAAUUUAAGUGGAAUGAAGGUGAUUAUUUUAAAUUAAAAAAUAUAUGUCUGUGUCGGAUUAUCCUUCCUAGUUAUCUCCAGGAGGCUGUUUAUUCUAACAGCCUUACUACUUUCUCAUUACGCUUUAGAACUAUCUUCAGAGAUUAUUUUACUGAUAAAGAGCCCUCUACCUGUCAGGGAGGAGAUGGUGUAUGCAGGACCACGUGAAGAAAUUAGUCAUGUUCCGCCCCUCCAACUUGUCACUGGGAAGACCUUGUAAUAGGACACUUGCAGACAGUACCAUUGUUGCAGUCUGGUUCUAGUGAUGCAGUCGGUUCUCUUGCCCUGUAUACUCAUUAUAGAACAGUGAAAGCAGGCUAGUGCUUCUCAGCUUCUAUAACCAGCAUCACUGUGAAGAAUGCAGCUAUUGGGGACUCAGAUCCACUGAACGAGGAACUGGCCCAGAACUUGUGACAAUCCUCCCUCUUCUACUGGGAUUACAGGCAUUAGCCAGCACCCCUAACUAGGACUCCAGAGCCUAGCUUCCAUUUUGCUGUGAUUAUUGUGUUGUUGUAGAAAAAUAUGAAAACAUAACUGUGAUUGUGAAAUAACUAAGGUUUAAGAAGACUCCUUAGGACUCAUUUCCUCUAGCCUGAUUACCAUGCAUCUGCUGGGCCACAUGUGGACAUGUACACCCUUGUGCUCCCUCAGACUUAUAAAACACCUGGGUCUUGUGUGGGAGUCAUUUUGGUUCCCAGGUUCUAGAGUAGGACAGCCAUAGCACCUAGGGAGCUGUUAUUUACACUUAUAAUUGCCAGAAAUUUACAGAUAAUUCAUCCUAGAAUUAGGGGAAGACAUGGGAAAGGCUUGUUCUGUGUAGCUCAGGCCUGACCCUGUGUCUGCCCUUGUCCCCACCUCCAAUCAUUUGGUUAGGUUUAGCGCAGACCAGAACCCAAGGGAAACACAAUGGCCAAUUUCCAAUUUGGAAGAGUUCACAGGGCUUUUAAAUUUCCUCUUUGAUUGCAUAUCCUAGUCUCAAGAAAAAUAAGCCUAAAAUGUCAACCUGAAAGUUUCAUCUGGACCUUACUCAUCCACUAUAAGAUGAAAGUUUUAAUUCUGAAAAUUUUGAGCUGUUUCUGUAGGAAAAGGUUGCAGUCAAUAGGAAAAUAGGAAACCUCAGGAAUAUUGUUCACAUUGAACCUUUCAAGAAUAAAAUUGUGGAUUAUAUCUAAGAAGCUGUUCUUUUAAAGGUAC